AUGGUCAACACAGCCGUGGCCAUGCGGCCCAAUCGUGUCAAAUUCGGCAAAAUCUCAGCCAAACCUGAGACCUCCACCAACGGCUCCGAUAUUGGCGGUGGAGUAUCUUUACUGAACUCGUCUCCAAUUAUCACGCUCAGCUCCACCCACAAGGACGACAACGAGUCGGCCCAUCGAGUCGUGUCCAAGGAAGCCGACACCAAAGGUGCUCCCAUCACUUUAAAGGAUGACGAGCAGGCCGAUAACAUCGAGCCGUCCACAAGGCUCAACCCAGCUUCUACCCCUUUCAUGCCAGCUCCUGCUACUACAGACGGUCAGAGCAAUGAUGUUGCUCAACCAGCUCCACAGGUGAUGCCCCAGCCGUCUCAGGCUCACCAGCAGCCGUUCGUUCUGCCUGCUUCUGUUGUGAACAUGCUUCCAGCCGAUGAUCAGAACGACGGAGGACAGGCUUACCAGACAGCAGCUUACCCCAAUGGUAAUGUCAAUGGCAUUCCCAAUGGUUUGAACCACAAUGGAAUGACUCCCAACUACGCCCAAGUCCAACCUUCACAGCAGAUGGUCAAUGGUCAAGGCUAUUCCUUGAACUGUGUUUCACCCAUCCAUGGCCAUUAUGCCGUCCAGCCAAUGCAGCAGCCGCAGAUGAACAUUCAACAGUUCUCUGGUGCCCAGGGAAACCAACAACAGGAUCUCUACACCCAGAUUCAAGCGCAGAAGCAUGCUCUCCAACAGAUGAACGGCGGCGCCGUCUAUCAGCAAGCGGCAGUCAGUUUAGUCCCGCAAAUGAAUUCGUUCCCGCAAGCGCCUGUCCAGAAUGGCUUCAUCACUCACUACAAUGGCAACCACAACAACGGCAAUGCCCAGUAUGCUGGCAUGGGUGCUCCUAUGGGUCCUUUGAACCCAUCUGCAUCACAAAACAAUAUCGUGAGCCCUCCAACCUCCGAGGCUACUAUAGCGUCUCAGGAGACCUUCGCCACAGAGCCACGCAACUUCGCGCCUCGAAGUGCCGAGCCUGUCACAAAUGGUCCGCCGCCGCAGUUUUCACUCCCUGUGACUCCUAUGCCGGCUCAGUAUCAAGCUCAGGCCCAGACUCAGCAGAUGAUGCCGUAUCAGGUACAGCCUCAGAAUGUUUCUGCGGAUCCGUUCACGGUUGCGCCUAUUCCGGCUGGUAUUCAGCCUCUGCAAACCAUCCAUUCUCAGCCCAGCAAUUCUCUCGCUGUCUACUCCAACCCAGUUCCCGACCAUAUCAAGUCAUUGCGAUCUGCGCAACUGAACAAUAUCACAUCUGGUCCGACUGGUCGUCCUUCCCUUGAGGUCGCACUCGACCCGAAGAACUUCCCCUUCGUUGACAGCCCGCGCUUAGCUGCUGCCGUUAACCACGGGGUGGUAAAGCUGAAGAAUAUCCCAUUCGCUACCAAGCGCGCGGAGAUUCUCGCCUUCCUUGGACGCAACUCCAAAGUGUUGAACGACAACCAGGAGCCCGUUCACAUCAUAAUGGAACGUGUUACUAGCAAGACCAACGAUGCGUACGUUGAGUUCAUGAGCAUGCAAGCCGCCAUCACCGCUGUUGAGAAGCACCAAAAGAUCGUCUCCGGCGGCCGCUUGAGUCGUCUUGGUGAUCGUCCGAUCGACGUCGAGCUCUCGAGCCAGGCUGCCUUGAUGGAGGAUCUCUUCCCUCUCGCUCGUGGAAUCAAGUGGCACGGUUCGAGUCCUGAGAUUUUACCUGACCACCCCACCGAACCUUGGCAACGAUUCAAGGGAUUCAUCUCUGAUGAGGAGAUGACCAUGCUUGUCAAGCAUGUGGAGGUCCCGCAGCGAUCUCCGUUCUCCCGUGAUUGUCCCCAGCGUCCAUUCGAGUGUAUGAUCAGCACGAUCAAGAAGCUCCCUUGGUUCAUGACCGCCUUCAUCACCGUGCGCCAGCGAUACAGUGUCUUCAAGGCGGCUCAGGACCUUAUCCGUCUGCUUCUUCAAGCAAUCAAGGAUAAGAGGCAUGAGGAGCACUUCAAUCAGCAGCUCCUCAGACGUCUCUACACCGCAGCGAUGCUCUGCCCCGGAUUCAGUGUUGUCCAGAAGGAUGACAUCGCUUUAAUGCUGAACCUGUUCGAUCAGCAGCAGCGCGAGUUCAACCAGCCUCGCUUUGCGAAUAACUGGACUCACAUCUACACUAUGGCUCCGAAGCCUGGCAUCCCGCUUGAUGUCCUUGAGUGGUAUAUUGCGGUUAUACGCGAGGAGACCGUCCGAUCGGUCAACAACUACCCCUUGAAUAUCCGCUCUCAGGUCCAGCAGCUGGGCAGCAAUACCAACGACUACUGGGGUUACUUCUGGCAUGAACUUAAUCUGCCCACUGGACGCGACUUUGACUUGAUGACCUUGGCGAACUUGAGCACCCUCGAGUUCCAGGCAAUUGACCGCAUCCUCCGCCGUGCUUUCAGCCAGUAA